AUGUGAGACAGCAAAAAAGGGAAAAGAUUAAUGCAACAAAUAAUAAAUACACCUUUCUUUAAAUAGCAAAUCUAGACUGAAAAAAAUGGAAAAGUCAGUGUCUUUAAGAAAAGCAAGGAAAAACCAUCCAGUGCACUUUAAAAGAUGACUAGAAAGUCUAUCAAAUGAAAGCACCAAAGGAGGCUAAGAUUUGCUUAAAUUGAUCUCUUUAAAUGGAUUCAUCCAUGAUUAUUUCAAGGCAGGAAAUUGUCAUUUCAUGGUUUACAAGAAAAACAUUAGAAAGCAUUUACAAUAAUGACAAAAAUACUGUUUAUCACACCGAGCCCAUCCUUGGAGAAAUAUGGAAGAGAUCCAGCUGUAGAGACAGAUUUCACUCAGGAACUGAAGCCAGAUCAGCCCCCAGACAAUAUGUCCCAUGGUGCGGAUGAGAACCAGAGGGUUCACAGCUCAUAAUGAGCAUUCGCUGACAUCAUUGAGACUGUUUAUUCUCUGUUCAUGCAUCUCCAUCUGAACCCUCCUACAUGUCCUGUUAAUUAGCACAGAAGUCAGUUUGAACCGUGACUGUCUCCAAAACCAAUUUUCAUUUUCUGUCUUGGAUAACUAUGAUGGUGUUUCUCCAUAUUUAAAUCCCAUCCAGCUGUUGCAGCAAUAAUUAAAUGCAAAGUGAGCCUGUUUGACAAUAGCGACAAGUGUAGCAUGAAAUUUGAAAGAACUCACAACAACCAGCUCCAGAGGAAAGUGCUAAUUCGGGCACAGACAUAGCAUAAAAGGUUACAAUGUGUUCUACAAAAGCCAGAGGCUCAAUAACACCUUUGCUUUUAUUUCCCUAGGUUUAUAUCAUUCUCCCAGAGUGUGCACAACUUCAAGGAAAUACGAGCAGAGUCCCGGCAAAUGGCUAGAAAGGAUUUGCCAUAGUAGUCUUAAAGAACAAAACAACAUUUGAGUGGAGGCUCUUCUGAAGAACACCCAGCACUGCCUGAGAAGCCACUCGUCAGAGGACCUCCUGAUUAAAGCUCUGAAAAGACCACCAGACGCUGCAGCCCCCCUCCAAACCUCCACUCUGCCCCCCAGUUCUGCAGUGAAGUGUGAACAUUAAAGUGAAUGUAGAGGAGGAGUCCAUGGAGGGACAGGGAGGAGGGGGUUAGCAGAUUGAGGAAGAGUAAGAUACCAGCUACACAGGCAUGUAGCGUUCACCGACAGAGCAGAGGUUGCUGUGGAAGGAGAAUGAGCAUCUUUACCAGAGUGGGUCUCCUGGGAGUGUUCCUGAUCUGAGGGGAGCGCCAAAGCUUCGGAUACUGUCCUCCCACAUCACACCGACUUACAAAAUGGCUGAUUUCGAGGAUUUCAGCAGGCCGGGGGGACUUUCUAACGUGUCUGAAAGCUACCAGAUCAACCCCACCAGUGUGAUCGUGUCAGUGGUCUUCUCCCUCAUCUUUCUGCUUGGCACCAUCGGCAACAGCCUGGUGCUCGCCGUGCUGCUCCGAAGUGGACAGGUCGGAUACAAUACCACCAAUCUGUUUAUCCUCAACCUGAGUGUGGCCGACUUCUUCUUCAUUAUUUUCUGCGUUCCUUUCCAAGCCACCAUUUACUCUCUGGAAGGAUGGGUGUUUGGCUCCUUCAUGUGCAAAGUGGUUCAUUUCUUCAUCAACCUCACCAUGUACGCCAGCAGCUUCACGCUGGCUGCUGUGUCUGUUGACAGGUAUCUGGCCAUUCGCUAUCCGCUGCGCUCCAGAGAGCUUCGAACGCCUUGCAAUGCUGUGGUCGCCAUGGUGGUUAUUUGGGGUCUUUCUCUUGUCUUUGCGGGUCCAUAUCUCAGCUACUAUGAUCUGAUUGAUUACGCUAACAGUACCGUGUGCAUCCCAGGCUGGGAGGAGCAGGACCGCAAGGUGCUAGACACGUGCACCUUCUUGUUUGGCUACGUCAUCCCUGUGCUGAUCGUUAGCCUCUCGUACACUCGAACCAUCAAGUACCUGUGGACCGCCGUUGACCCUCUGGACGGCAUGUCAGAGUCUAAAAGGGCCAAGCGCAAAGUCACCAAAAUGAUCAUCAUUGUCACUGUACUUUUUUGCAUUUGCUGGUUGCCAUACCAUGUGGUGAUACUGUGCUAUCUCUAUGGAGAUUUCCCCUUCAAUCAGACCACAUAUGCCUUCAGGCUCCUCUCUCAUUGUAUGGCCUACGCCAACUCUUGCGUCAACCCCAUUGUGUAUGCUCUGGUGUCUAAGCACUUUCGCAAAGGCUUCAAGAAAGUGUUCAGCUGCAUCCUCAUUGCAAACGGGAGGAAUAAAGUUCACGUGGUGCACGUGGCCAACACUGGGCCAGGCUUCGAGGCUGCCUCCACAGAAGUAUCACAGAUGAACGAGGAGAACAUGCGGCAGAACGAAUGUGAAAUGAUCAACAGGCCGAGACUGGUGGAGCCAAGAGAGGCCACGGUGACCAUGAUUUUGCCGUUUCAGCAACCGACUUGAUGAGUGAGCUUUCCUAAAGCUCAAUGCAGACUGUUUUGUCAAGUACUUUAGAAAUCAUGCUUUAUUUAUAUUGUGACAUCCAUGUAUUUAGUGUUAAAAAAAAGAAGGAAACCAAGGGUUUCCAUGUUUACAAAGACCAAAAUGUAUGUUGUCUUUCAUCAAUCUAGGCUUUGGUUCUGGUAAAGCACACAUACAACUUUUUGUUAGAAUUUUACAGAAAGUUCUCAAUAUUUGAUCUCUACUAUUUGCCUCAAAUGUAGCUAUUUUAUUUUAAGUCAUUUCACUGAUUGUAUGGAUUUUCUAAGGUGGCGCUUAAUGCAAAAACGUAUCAAAGAUCACAACGACAAAAUAGCAAAACAAAUAUUAAAAUAACAAUAUUACAUUUACGGUUUCUUCUUUUUAUUUAAUUGUUAAAAAAUUCAUUUUGAUUUCUAGAAAUUAUUCUUUUUAUCUGAAAUUAUUUUUUUCUUUUUACAGAAAAGGUAGGUAAAGGUAAGUACUAUAAGGCAUGGCUAAUUGGAUGAUGGUUAUUUGGUUUUUGGAAUUUUGCUUUUAUUUCUGCUUUUUUCUGUUUUGCUUUUUUAAUUGUCGUUGUGGUCUUUGAUAUGUUGUUUUUUUUGGUGCGAUUUGCACUUCGGAUCUACCCUAAUUUUCAUAUUAAAAAGCAGCACAGGAAUGUUUCGUGUAUAUAUAUAUAUAUAUUUUUCAGAUGAUCCCACGAUGUCUAAUUCUUACGAGCAGAUAAUCAACAUUGGGAUCAGUAUUCAUAUAAAUGCUUUUGUUGUUCUGUUGAAAUUCCAGAAUGGUUCAAUGAUGCUGUGGGAACACAUUACUGUUCAAGCAUGUGUUUAAAAGGGAGAUUUCAAGGAUUCUCCAUAGUUCUGACUCACCAACAUCCAUGCCAAAAGAUUUCCAACCACAGGUCGAGGUUCAGCUUUGAUGUGCAGGACCUUCGAUGUCGUCUUUCAACCACAGAGUCUUGUUAAUCUUAUAAUAUCAAAGCUUGUCAUCAAGGUUGUAGUAUUUGUGGACCGAAGGGGUUUGCUUUGUACCUUGCAUGCAAAAGCCAGCAUGUUGUGACAGGAUUUUUUUGUGUGUACUUUUAUGUGCCAGUAAUCACAUUCACAAGAUUGUUCAAUAGUUUUUGGAUUAUUUGAAAGUGUAAGGCCGAAUCCGAAUUAUACCCCAGACCCACAGCUUCUCCCUAUCCUUACAUUUAGGCCUCCAAAUGGAGAGCUAUGGAAAAAUAGAGGCUGUGUCCGAAUUCCUUCCCUACUCAAUACAUAGUGCAGUACAUAGUGCGUUCGGCAUUUUGUAGUGCUGUCCGAAUUUACAAUUCCAAAAUCGAGGACCUUAGAAAUUUCCCAGAAGUCUCUGCGAAAAACCGGUGUGCAUCGAUGCUAACUAGA